AUGGCGACACUCGGAGUUUUUUUCACACUCCCGGACCAGGGCAUCAACACCCCUGAAAUACUAACCAGGUGCAGCGCCACCCCGGUGAGACAAACAACCUCCUCGCCGCUGCGCUUCCUCGCCGCGGCCCAUGCGGUAGUGCCAUGGGCCUUCCCUGGGUACCACGACGAGUCCCAUGCCUGGCUCAAGUUUAUCGAUGAGACAAACGUUCGGUACUACGCGGAGCUCAGAGAUCCCUUCACAGGGGUUGUUCUAGCCCAACACGAGCUCGUCAGCCUGGCCAGACACCCGUCCCGAGACAUGGCCGCGCUCGGCCUCAAAGGCGGCGAUGACGGAGACGGGGAAAGCCGAUUCCUCCGAGACGUCGGCUCCAAGGGCAUCCCUUUCUCCCCGCUACCCCUGCGCCGACGCUUGAUCGACCCAUCGGAAUCUCUCCGCAUCGUCGGGUACGAGGUUCGGGAGCAGCCGGGGGGGCUCGGGCAAGGGGAGGAUCCCGGGAUGAUGAUAGUUCGGGCCAAGGGGGACUUGGCGGCGCGGACGGCGAUGCAGGCCUUUGUGGGGACGGAGCACGCGACUCUCAACCCGGGAAUGUGCGGCGCGGCGGUGCUGGACAGCGAUUUUGAGCUCUGCGGGUGCGUGGAGGGCGUGGUGCCGACGGCUCCCCCCGAGGCGGAGGUGGAGGCCCACGUUAGGGCCUUGCAGGGCAUGCCUUGCGUGGUGGAGUGGAAGGACUUGGACACGCUCUUGACGGCUACGAUGGGCGACAAGGAUGAUGGUGAUGCUGCGGGCAGUGGCGGCGACGUCGGCAAACAAGACGCGUGAGAUUGUGUUUUGGAUUUUGUUGACGGUGACAGAGAGGAAACGGCGAGCGUACGAGGAUGAAGACGAAUCUGCUGGUGUACAGAGGAGGGGUAGUGAUGACGGGGGCUUGGCUACUGCGUUCCACACAUGUCUAUAUCGCUCUUGCAGAAUCUUGUGUCCACAGUUGUGUCCUGUUCGUUCAAGCCGGUACCGAGUGCCAACAUAGCAUGCUUUUCGCUCGUGGGAGUGUAGCGACGGCGCUGAAAGUGGAAGCCUAGAUCUGUCUACAAUGGGUUCGAGAGGUGGGGCCUGGUAUGUGAUGGGAUAACAAACACGCGGCCACAUAGACGUGUGCGCCUAUAAAGGCUUUGGUCAGACCAAAAACAUACCAGAUGGUGGCGC